AUCCACCGAUUUCGACAGACGAGAAUUACGAAUUGCCCUGCUUUAUUUUACAAUAUGGCAAAGGGUUACAGCGUCUUUGUCGGCCUCGCCGUCGUCGUCGGCCUUUGCGUCGCCGCUUGGAUAUUCUCCCCGAAGGGCGAGAACCAGACUACCUGGCGCUCCUCCCUCAUCCUCGCCUUCGCCAGCUGCUACCUCAUGUGGUUCAUCACCUUCAUGGCCCAAUUACACCCCCUCAUCGAGCCGAGACGGUCCGACGUCCGCCCGGGCUUCGAGCACGAAUGAGCGAGCUGGGGGGGCUGAAGAUCUUCCUUCUUCUUCUUCUGCCUACGCCUCUACCCGAAUACGAAACGAUCCGGUACGAGAACGCGAUAGAGGAAUGCUUGUGGAGCGUGUAAGAGUUAGGGACUCGGUAGAACACAGGGGGGUGGAUAGCUUAGCCAUUCGACCGAACAUUGGGAUGAAAGAAUAUGGCGAAAAAAACAACAACAACACAAUAGCCUUUCGAGAGGGAAGCGAACGGAAGAGGAAAGAGAGAAGAGAGAAGAGAGACAUAACCGGAUCAAACCGGAAGUGGACCUGUAUCAACAUCACUACCGUUAUCUACACAUCUUGGGUUCUGUUUUUUUGUCGGCGUUCUGGAAGACGGGCAUCCAUCAUAUUAUCACAUGGUAGCAGCAAGCCGGGCGAGCAUCGCAGGCAGACGCUACUGGACAUCUGCGCGGGACAUAGUGUUCUUAAUACGACGGCAUUUUUUCUUUUCUUUUUUUUCGAACAAACUUUCAUUUCAUUUCAUGGCGUUUCAUGCCAUUCUCACUACCUAACCUAUUCUAGGCCUCGAAGCAACUAACUACCUCCUAACCUAACCUAG